AGAGAAUUCAUUCCAUGGUUCAAAGAUUUUAUUCUUCCUUUCAAAAUAUAACAGACAAUGUCAACAGGUAUUCAUAGAAAAGGCAAAGUGAAGUGGUUUAACGUUGUCAAAGGUUAUGGGUUUAUCAUUCCCGACGAUGGCGAGCCGGAUAUCUUUGUUCAUCAAAACGUGAUAAAGAUGGACGGAUUCAGGAGUUUGGAAGAGAACGAGGAAGUUGAAUUCGAGUCCCACAACACGGAUAAAGGUAUAGAGGCAACCGUGGUCACCGGACCGAAUGGCCAAAACUGCAAGGGAAGCUUGAGAAGACCAACGCCCAAGCGAAGAUUUCAGCGUAUAAAAUGUUACAAUUGUGGCCGUUUUUCCGAUCACAUAGCUGUAAAGUGCCCCUUUCCCCCACCCUUGACUGCCCCUCAUGAGGAAAUUCACCUCAAAGCAUCCUCUCCAGUUAAAUUGUGUUACCAAUGCAAAUCCGAUCAACAUUUAAUCAAAGAUUGCCCGAAUAUAACCAGCGCUCCUACCUCUUCUACACCCACUAAAAAUGCAGCCACCGGGGGGAAAUUUCAAAAAAAACAAACUAACAAAUUAACGAAUGGGAAUGCUUCCGCCAAUACUUCGCCUCGUGACGUACCGUCUCAGGAAAUCGAAGAUUUACAUCAAGCCAAUGAUUCCGAAAUAAUUUUAAUGACGUCUUCUCUUACGAUCGAAGUUAAGGAUAAUGGAAGUAAUCAAGAGGAAUAA